AUGGAUAUAUUUUUAUUCAAACGAUCUGAAUAUGAACGUCGAUACACUUGCGAGAAUGUUACUGUUGGGCAAGUACCUCUAAAACAACGUCAAAGUCUGAUCCUUGGGAGUAUAACGAUGAUUAUGUUUAUAUUCUACCAUAUUCUCUACAUUCCGUGUAUCCUGUCUUUAUCUAAAAAUCUAAAAUCUCCUUGCUACAAGCUUUUAUUCUAUAUCGGAAUCGUUGACAUAAUCGGUCUUUGGAUUACUGGAUUUGAGACGGCCCUUUUCGGACUGCUUGGUUUUGUUUAUUGUUCAUCUCCUGUUUUAAUGUAUAUUAGUGGAUGUUUUGCAUGUGCUGUUUGGGGAGCGGAAACAACGGCAGAGGCAGUUUUAGCAUUUAAUCGUUGUUUGGAUAUGUUACUUCCUCGUAUAGCUAAAUUGCUUUUUGAAGGUAUCUUGGGGAGUUGA